CGGACUGACAACUCAUGAGGCCCCCGGGCAAUAGGGGAUCAUGGGGCCCCUGUGUCCUUGCCCAAAUUUAAAAAAGCCUAUGAAAAAGGUACCAGGGGCAUUUCAUGGGGACCCCUACUGACCCCGGGCCCUCGGGCAGUGCCCGAGUUUCCAAAUGUGUCAGUGUGCCAUUUUCUGGAACCCCCAAGUGUCAGUGUGCCAUUUUCUGGGACCCCCAAGUGUCAGUGUGUCAUUGUUCUGGACCCCAAGUGUCAGUGUGU